UGAGUGGAUGAUUCUAGCUACUAUCAUUGCCAACUGCAUCGUCCUGGCUCUGGAACAACAUUUGCCUGAUGGGGACAAGACGCCGCUGUCUGAGCGCUUGGAUGAUACAGAGCCGUACUUCAUAGGGAUCUUCUGUUUUGAGUCUGGAAUAAAGAUCCUGGCACUUGGUUUCGCCUUCCACAAGAACUCCUACCUGAGGAAUGGAUGGAACGUCAUGGACUUUGUGGUGGUGCUCACAGGGAUCCUGUCUACUGUGGGUUCAGAUUUCGACUUGCGGACCCUCAGGGCUGUGCGAGUAUUGAGGCCCCUCAAACUGGUGUCCGGUAUUCCCAGCUUACAGGUGGUGCUCAAAUCCAUCAUGAAGGCCAUGAUUCCUCUGCUGCAAAUUGGCCUGCUUCUUUUCUUUGCCAUCCUCAUGUUCGCCAUCAUUGGCCUGGAGUUCUACAUGGGCAAAUUCCACACAACCUGCUUUGACAAUUACACAGGUGAAAUCCGAGAAGAGUUUCCAUGUGGGACAGAGCUUCCGUCACGGAUGUGUCCAGAGGGCACCACGUGUAGAAAGUACUGGCUGGGACCAAACUAUGGCAUCACCCAGUUUGACAACAUCCUGUUUGCUAUUCUUACCGUCUUCCAGUGUAUCACCAUGGAGGGCUGGACUGAACUGCUCUACUGGAGCAACGAUGCCUCAGGGAGUGCAUGGAACUGGAUGUACUUCAUCCCCCUCAUCAUCAUCGGCUCCUUCUUCAUGCUCAACCUGGUGCUGGGUGUGUUGUCAGGGGAGUUUGCCAAAGAAAGAGAGCGUGUGGAGAACAGGAGUGAGUUCCUGAAGCUCAGAAGGCAGCAGCAGAUUGAGAGAGAACUCAAUGGUUAUUUGGAGUGGAUCUGCAAAGCUGAAGAGGUCAUCUUGGCGGACAAUGAAAAUGAAAAUGAUUAUGAUGGCUCCCGUAGGAGAGCCACAAAGAACCAUAAGAGCAAAGCUGAGCUUCUAAACCCAGAGGAAGGGGAGGGAGAUCUGGCAGUUGGGUCACCAUUUGUCGUGCCAGCUUGGAAGAGCUCCAGCUCGAAGGAUCGACUUUCAAGCGGCAUCCUGACUGGUGAGGACUGGAACAUGGUGAUGUACGAUGGCAUCAAAUCUCAGGGCGGAGUCAACAAGGGCAUGGCCUUCUCUAUCUUCUUCAUCGUACUCACACUUUUUGGCAACUACACUUUGCUGAAUGUGUUCUUGGCUAUCGCUGUGGACAAUUUAGCCAAUGCACAGGAACUGACCAAGGAUGAACAGGAGGAAGAGGAAGCUGCCAGUCAGAAGAUUGCCCUGCAGAAAGCCAAGGAGGUGGCUGAAGUCAGCCCACUGUCUGCUGCCAACCUCUCCAUUGCAGCUAAGGAGCAGCAGAAGAACCACAUUAAGGGGGGGAUCAAUAAGUCGGUGUGGGAACAACGCACCAAGGAGCUGAGGAGGCAGACUUUGGUGUCCAGCCGCGAGGCCCUCUAUAACGAGCUGGACCCCGACGAACGCUGGAAGGCAAGGACAGGGAGGGAGGAGCAAAACAAUGUGAACUAUUCACGUCACAUCCGCCCGGACAUGAAGACCCACCUCGAUCGUCCCUUGGUGGUUGACCCCCAUGAGAACCGCAACAACAACACCAACAAGACCACUGCGAACAGUUCAGACCUUUGCUUCAGCCAGAACCAUCGCGCUGACGAGCUCCACAGACAGACACGCCUCCACGAACAUGGUGGCCAAGUAGGCGGGGGCGGUGGUGGAGGAGGCUCAGGUACAGCCAGGCCCCCCUUGGAGCGAGGCGAGUCCACAGAAAGCAGGCGGAGCCGUAAAGGUGAGCACCACCACCACAGCUCUCAUGUCCGAUUGGAUGCUACAGUGAUUCCUGGGCCGGGCUCGGAGGAGAGGCCGUCCAGGCGCCAUCACCACACCCGGAGUGGCAGUCGAGGGGGAGGGCAGUCGGAGCACAGGAAACCCAGGUCUCAUCGGAAAUGUGCAGAAGAUGGUGAGGAUGGCGGAGGAGGAGCUGGAAAAACAGGGAGACAUAAGAGCAAAGGGGUUGACGGAGGUGGAGAGGGAGAGCAGGAGGGAGCUGGCGAUGGCGGUGAGAGGAGGCCAAGAAGAAAUCGCCAUGGCAACCAAACUGACGGCGAGGGGAAGAGGAUGUGCCAGCACAGAAGGAAGGAUUGCAGCGUCCCUAACCUCUCGACCACACGGCCUAUCCAGAAGAGCCUCUCCAGGCAGGACAGCCAGUACAGUGAGGAUAUGGACAACCUCAUGAAUACCAAACUGGUCUCUGGCUCCACCCCACCCAGCGAGGGUCAUCCUAAUCCAGUUCCUAACCACACUGUGGCUCCUGGUUUUGGAUCUGCCCACCAUCUUGCUAACAGUGGCACUCAUGGGAGUUUGGUCACAUUAGAUAGCUAUGGGAGCAUCGCACAUCACCGUGCCAACAGUGUCAUCAGGCUGCCUCACCCUGACUACACAGCUGUAGACAUGCCAAUUUUUCCAUCCACAAAUGCCAUACUGCAGGUCAAUAAGAAUGCCAACACAGAGCCUCUGCCAGCAAAGGAGGAUAAAGACGACGAUGAUGAUGAGAAGGCAGGUGAAGGAGGACCCAGACCCAUGCCUCCCUUCAGUUCCAUGUUCAUCCUGUCCACUACCAACCCGUUUCGGCGGGCGUGUCACUACGUCUGCACCCUGCGUUAUUUUGAGAUGGUUAUCCUGCUGGUCAUUGCCAUGAGCAGUAUUGCCCUGGCUGCUGAAGACCCUGUCUGGCCCGAAUCCCCUCGCAACAAUGUUCUACGCUAUUUCGACUAUGUCUUCACAGGAGUGUUCACAUUUGAGAUGCUCAUAAAGAUGGUGGAUUUAGGGUUGGUCUUGCACCAGGGCUCUUAUUUCCGGGACUUGUGGAACAUCCUUGACUUUAUAGUGGUUAGUGGUGCUCUGGUGGCCUUCGCCUUCACCGGCGGCGGGGGGAGCAGUAAAGGAAAAGACAUCAGCACAAUCAAGUCUCUGAGGGUACUGAGAGUGUUACGACCUCUGAAGACUAUUAAACGUCUUCCUAAACUUAAGGCUGUGUUUGACUGUGUGGUGAACUCGCUGAAGAAUGUCCUCAACAUCCUGAUUGUCUACUUACUCUUCAUGUUCAUCUUUGCUGUGGUGGCUGUGCAGCUCUUCAAGGGACGUUUCUUUUACUGCACUGAUGAAUCCAAAGAGUUUGAGCGCGACUGCAGGGGCGAAUACCUGGUGUAUGAACGCGAUAACGAAGUGAAGGCGCAGAAGCGGGAGUGGAAGAAGUACGAUUUCCACUACGACAACGUGGCUUGGGCCCUCCUCACCCUCUUCACCGUAUCUACCGGAGAGGGGUGGCCGCAGGUGCUGAAGCAUUCAGUGGAUGCGACUUAUGAGAACCAGGGCCCGAGCCCGGGGUACCGGAUGGAGAUGUCCAUCUUUUACGUGGUGUACUUCGUGGUCUUCCCCUUCUUCUUCGUCAACAUCUUCGUAGCUCUGAUCAUCAUCACCUUCCAGGAGCAAGGGGACAAGAUGAUGGAGGACUACAGUUUAGAAAAGAACGAGAGAGCUUGUAUAGACUUUGCCAUCAACGCCAGACCCCUGACACGACACAUGCCUCAGAACAAGCUGAGCUUCCAAUACCGAAUGUGGGAGUUUGUGGUGUCGCCGCCAUUUGAGUAUACUAUAAUGGCAAUGAUCGCGCUCAACACGGUUGUGCUGAUGAUGAAGUAUGACGGAGCUUCUGACACCUAUGAAGCUGUGUUAGCCAACCUGAACAUAGUGUUUACCUCCCUCUUCUCCAUGGAGUGUGUACUCAAGAUCAUCGCCUUUGGAGUUCUGAAUUAUUUCAAAGAUGCCUGGAAUAUUUUUGACUGUGUGACAGUUCUGGGCAGCAUCACUGAUAUCCUGGUUACAGAGCUUGGGAAUAAUUUCAUCAACCUAAGUUUCCUGAGGCUGUUCAGGGCAGCUCGUCUCAUCAAGCUGCUGAGGCAGGGAGAAACCAUCCGUAUCUUGCUCUGGACCUUCGUUCAGUCCUUCAAGGCACUGCCUUAUGUCUGCCUCCUCAUUGCCAUGCUGUUCUUCAUUUACGCCAUCAUUGGGAUGCAGCUGUUUGGGAAUAUUGCUAUUGAAGAAGACGGAGAGAGUGCCAUCACCCAGCACAACAACUUCAGGACCUUCAUACAGGCUCUCAUGCUUCUCUUCAGGAGUGCAACUGGAGAGGCUUGGCAUGAGAUCAUGCUGGCGUGUCUGGGGGGUAAGGAGUGUGACCCCCUGUCAGGGAAUACAGACCCAGAGUGUGGCAGCCAGUUUGCCUACCUCUACUUCGUCUCCUUCAUCUUCUUCUGUUCAUUCUUGAUGCUGAAUCUGUUUGUAGCCGUCAUCAUGGACAACUUUGAGUACUUGACUAGAGAUUCAUCCAUACUGGGACCUCAUCACCUGGAUGAGUAUGUCAGGAUAUGGGCCGAGUAUGAUCCUGCUGCCUGCGGGCGCAUUCAUUAUAAGGACAUGUACAGUUUAUUACGAGUUAUCGACCCGCCUCUCGGCUUAGGCAAGAAAUGCCCCCAUAGGGUGGCCUGCAAGAGACUGCUCCGUAUGGAUCUGCCUGUGGCCGAUGACAACACGGUCCACUUCAACUCCACUCUCAUGGCCUUAAUCCGCACAGCACUGGACAUCAAGAUCGCCAAGGGUGCGGAAGGUGGUGUUGACAAGCACCAGAUGGACGCGGAGCUGAGGAAAGAGAUGAUGGCAAUCUGGCCCAAUCUCUCACAGAAGACUCUGGAUUUGCUGGUUACACCGCACAAGUCAGCUACAGACCUGACAGUGGGGAAAAUUUACGCUGCCAUGAUGAUCAUGGAGUACUACCGGCAGAGCAAGAUCAAGCGCUCGCAGGCUCUUCGUGAUGAGCAGAAUCGAACGCCAUUACUGUUUCAGCGCGUGGAGCCACCUUCCCCCACCCAGGAUGGGGGUCCGGGACUUAACAACGCCCUCCCUCCACCGGAGACGUCAGGGACUGUCAACAGCCUGCCGGUGGAGGGGGGGGUCCCGGAGAGCCAUUCGUGGGUGACGGCUCGUGCUCAGGAGAUGUCCCAGAAGGCCGGCAGCUGGAGUCCUGAGGGACACCCUGAGGAUGGCCUGGAAAGCAUGACCAACUCUCAGACGGUAGAGAUGAGAGAGAUGGGGCAGGAUGGUUACUCGGAUACUGAGCACUUUCCACCAAUGGAAGGCCAUGGCAGGGCCGCUUCCAUGCCCCGCCUCCCAGGCGACAACCAAACCAUCAACGACAGCAGUCCCAUGAAACGCUCGGCCUCGUCGCUGGGCCACAGCAGGUCCGGGCGUAGCCACAGAGACAAAGGAGGGGCAGACGACUACAACAUGGAGUGUGUACCUGAGGAGGGGAGAACCAGACACACACACCGGCGAAAAGACCGGGGUCAUCGGGUGUCGGAGAAGUCCCUCUGUCACUACACGGAGGCUGACACAGGCCUGGGCACAGACCUGAGCACCACCACCCAGUCAGGUGACCUCACGUCCAAAGACAAGGAUCGCGACAGAGACCGCGGCCGGUCCAAAGACCGUAAGCACCACCACCAUCAUCACCACCACCAUGGCUCGGUGGACAAGGAGCGCUAUGUAGCAGAGCGAGGGGGCGAGUAUGGACACAGGCACUCCCGCGACAGAGAGCAUGACAGAGAGCAUGACCGGGAGAGGGAGAGAGAAAGGGACCGGCGCUGGUCGCGAUCGCCCAGCGAGGGUCGCGAGUGCUUGACACACAGACAGGGCAGUAGUUCGGUCAGCGGAAGUCCUGUCCCCUCAACCUCGGGGACCAGUACGCCACGUCGAGGCCGCCGACAGUUGCCUCAGACCCCCGCGACACCCCGGCCCCAUGUUACCUACUCCCCUGUAGUCCGUAAGGCCAUGCCCACGCCACCUGGGGGGCAACAGGGCCGACCUCCAGCCCCAGCCCCCCGCCGCUUUUCUCCUGAGCCUCCCCAAGGCCAGGGCCCUCCUCCCGCUGGUCUCCCACUGGCCCACCAUGGCACACCCCGCCAGGGUCAUCAUCCCCCGCCUCGCUGGGGAGACACAGGUGGAGGAGGUGGCUCCAUGGAAGGGGAUGGCUGCUUCUACAACCAGGAGUACCAGGACUAUGAGCCCCACCAUGAACCACCUGCCUAUGAGCAGAGCCCCAUGCAGGGCGGCAACCCCCACCCCCAUGCACUGGCCAACCACCCACUGCCGCCUCCCCCGCAACCACAGCCACAUAACCCCCAUCCUCUCCCUCCACCCCAGCAACACCCUGUAAACAACCCCCACCCUCAUCCACAGUCCCACCCGCAGCCCAGUCGCACCUCACCGAGGACUGCCCGCCAUGCGCCCCCGCCCACCACUGCCCUGACUGGGCCUGUACAGGGCCAGAUGCAGUCUGCUUCCCAGCGCCGCCUACCCAAUGGCUACCGCUCUUCAUCACCUUCCACACAUCUCCAUGGACCCUCACAUACUGGACCUCACAAGGUCCCCCCUCCAGCUGGGCAUCCUCGGGGUCCCCGCAAGGGCCUGCAUGAACCCUACAGCGAGACGGAGGACGACGACUGGUGCUAGCCUCUGGGGAUGGGGGAGGGGCGUAAAGGAGGAAAAAGAAUUGAUACAUGGACCGAAAGAUGAAGAUAGGAAGCUCUGAGCCAGAGCACUGACUGCCAAGGGAAACCGUGAUUCUUUCGUUCUCGUCUGUUCAAUUUUUUCCUCUCCUCCACUGCUUGGCAUGUCCCAGGGAAGGUGGGCAAGAUGAGGGGGACAGGUGUCAGGAUGAAGGGAUGGAACAAGAAUGCUGAGGCAGGAUCUGGAGAAACAAGUGGUGGCGGUAACAAACCACCUCCACGUUCUGCUUGCAUUGUUGUUGCAUUCAUCUCUUGAUGCCAGAUAAGACCAACCUCAAACUGCAGUUUUUAAGGAUGCAAGCAGGAGGGGUGACGGACACUAGUCUUUGCGUGUCUUAAAUUAUGCCUCUGGCAAUGAGCUACAGCCACUUACAAGAUGUCAAGAGUUGCGACUCGACAAAAGACACUUUACAGUCAGAGACAAAAGAACGACCACUGUUUUUCUUGUUUUUUUUUUUGCUUCUCAGCGCUAACUUCAGUUAAGUUAGCGGCAAAAAGAAUCAAAUCCAACCCUCCCAGCCACCAGUCGAAUAUUGAUGAGUUUUAUCAUCUGUGUUUUUAAAUAAGAACAAAACUGACAGUGAGCCCUCCACCUGUAUGAGGUGAGAUGGCUAAGUGGGUGGGAGAGUUGGGGAGUGUUGCAUGGGGUUGACAAGUCCCUCGGUCAAAAUCUAGGACGGGACGGGUGUGUUGGGGAUGUUUACCCCUGUCCCUGGAAAACACCCUCCUCCCAGAAACAAACAAUUUAACCAACCUCAACCUAUGACCUAUGAGAGAAGAAAAACAAAAAAGUGGAGAUGGGUUUCAGAAAGAAAAAAACAAACAAACCAGUAACUGUUUUCUGCAGUAUUUCUUCUUCUAUUCCUGCUUCUUCUUCCUCCUUCUCUUCUACUUCUUCAAAACAUUGAAGCUUGAAUCUUCUGUUGCACCCCACACAGCUUCGUUUUUCAGACUUGCGGAGUUGUACACCCUGUGGAAUCCUGCAUGAAUGAUACAAAAAAUAAUAAUAAUAGCAACAAUGAGAAUCUACUGUAUGCGGGGGGAAACUUUACUUGGUCAUUUCUGUUGUGGUCUUUGGGGUUUCUCUCUUUUUAGUAAGAAUGCCUUUCUGUUUCUCUUUCUCUCUCUCCUCUGUAUGACAUUCCUCUCUCUGUACCUUCGUUGGCACUAAAAUCAAGUGACAGAAGGCUAUAGGGAGAUUGGACAGUUACUGUAUCUAUAUCUAGAAGGAACAAAAUGAUUACUUUUUGCUUGCUUGUAUGUUCUGUGCCAGAUGCCUGCCACUGAUACAGCUGGAAUUGCACAUAUUUUUGUGGAAGUAACUUUUUGUAACUAUGGUGAUAAUCCUAAAAAUGAUGGGAAGCAGGGUAAAGCUGGAUGAAACAUGGUGGUGUCCCUAUUGGUGAAUGAGUCCGACAAAUCAGUAACAUCUCAAAGUCUUCCAGGGUUUGGGGUUAAAACAGAGACACCGGAGAGAAAGAGAUGAAUAGAAAGUUGGAAAAAGGAGAGAAACUCUUCAUCCUUGUUUUCUUUGUUAUAGACCAUAAUAAUGGAUACCCAGAUGACUAUAAUAAUAACUAAUAAUGAUCACGACGAUCUUGAUAAUGAGACAGAUUCUCCACUUUUGGUCCUAUAUUCUGUUCUGUAUGUUCGUUUUAUUUUGAGCUCAGCUUAUCAUUUUUCCAACCCUGAGGUGGAGCUCUAACCCACAGAUUGCAUUGUGGGAGUAUGAGUCUGCAGGAGGGCAAACAUGAGUCAGAGAUUUCCCCCCAAAAAAGCAGCCAAUAAAUCUGCCUUUCUUCUAGACAUUGGGUGAAUUUGAUUGAAAUUUGACUGAUCAGAAGCAGUUCUCCACAGGUUUCUUCGUUGAAAUGGAUGAGUCUAUUCUCCUGCAGACGCUAAAACAGAGUUCCACCACCACUUGUGACCUUCCGGUGGCGCUGUAUGACAAAACAGUGCCCCCUCUAGUUUUUGUACCUCUCCCUUUACUCCACUUCUAAUUCAGAGUUGUUACAUGGUACCAGUGCACCAAGAAUACAAGUUUAGCUCAUUCUCUCACUUGUAGACCACCUCGUCUGUGUUCACCACGUGUAAAUACAGGCGACGGUCACACAGUUCACACGGGUUGGAGAAAAGAUGCGUGGGCCUUUGUCGUGGUCCUGGAAAACAUCCAUGUUCUGUGUGUAUCACUCCUAUAUAUCUUUAAUUUCUUUCUGCGUGUUUUCUCUGUGUGCCUCAAACUAACACUCGUCACUAACGCACACCACUGUCAGCCCCAACAUUAGUGUGAUUAUGUUACUUAUUUAUUUGACCUGCGUUUUUAACCUGGAGGCCUAUCACAUGUUGACCAGAGAAUGCACCGAAAAAAUAGAAAAGAAAAAAAACUGCCUAUUAGUGUCUUUCCAACCUCAGUGGAAUGUCACAGACAAGUAUUUUUUCACAUCACUACACUUAAAAUCAGAAAGCACACUAGGUAUGUAGCUCCUGGUUGUGGUGUGUGCGUGUGUGUGUAGGUGGGUAUUUGCGUGUGUGUGUACAUGGAUGAGUGUGUUUGGAUAAAUUUUUAGCGAUUUUGUUUUGUUCGUGCUUGCUUUGCUUUUUAUUCUUUGUCUCCAGAAAAUCAUUUUUAAAUCUUAAAAUGUUUUGGUCAGAUCAUUGUAAACAAUCUUCGACUAUGUGUGCAUGUGCGUGAGUGAGUGUGUGUGUGUGUGUGUGCGAUAUCAGUAACCCCUGAAUGAAACAUGCAAAGCCCCAAACAUUCACCAUCCAUCUUUGUGUCUAUGCUGCAGUGAAAUCCACUAACACGCUGAUUAACCACACAAAUUCUUCAAAAAGCAAUGUAAAGCCGCUACUGAGAAAAGAAAAAAAGUUUUUUUAAGUACAAAAGAUUAAAAAAAAAAGGAAAAAAUAUCUAGUUCCAGAAAUGCAUGUGCUAUGUGCAUGCCACACCGUGGGUUAACAGUCAUCUUCAGGACAUAAAAGAAAAAGCAGAUUAAUGAAUUCAGAGGAAUAAAAAAAAAGAUAUAUAAAUAGAUAGAUGUUUUUAAAAAGCAACGUUUCCUUUUUUCCUUCUAUUUUUGAGAACAAAAAAGGUUAAAAACUUCCAAAAAAAAAAACGUCUAAAGAAUAAAAACACAAAAGAGACUUUGGUGAGAGUUGGUCUCGUUUGUUUUCUUCUUGUUACAUGGGGUUGAGGCACAACACAACCAUGUUCAGGACACCACAAAAAAGAACUGUUUUUAAUGAAAAAAAAAGAUGUAUACAAAGAAAAGAAAGUACAGUUCAGAAGACGGUGUAUUCUCCCUUCUACUUUUUGUGGGGGUCAGGGGGUGCAGGAGCUAGCCAAAUCUGAUGAUGUACUCAUUAUGACUGGCUGUGAAACCUUUUGAUCUCUCACUCACUCCCUCUUUUUCUCUCUCUCUCUCUAACUCUGUCUCUCUCACACUCUUUAUCUGUCGCACUCUCAACCUGUCUCACCGCUAUUUCUACCAGUGCAUUUUGUAAUUCCAAACAGAACUCUUCCUAAAGAAUAAAAUCCAGAGAGAAUGCA